CCCAGGCUGAGCGUAAACUUUACAGCGGGCUUUCUGUGGCCCGCGGCGUGGGUGAAGCAUAAGACCAGGUAAACACAGGUAAAGCUCAGAAGCAUCGAAGUUCAGCUAAACAACUGUGGCACAUGGUUCAUUUGGACAAACUGACAGGAACUAUCCCAACACAACAGUAUGUAUAACUAUUGUUUUGAUUGAAAAGAAAAGAGUUGAGGUGGGCUUAUAGCCAAUACAGUGACUGAAGUCUGGGGCAUGUUGCCAAGACUCUGGAGGAGGCGUAGUGGAGGUUUGUGUGGGAAGAAGCGGGGAGCCAGACAGGCGACAGUGAGCGCUGCGUUGGCCUCGGGGCAGAGGUAGGGAGAAGGGCGACAGCCAAUGAGAAGGAGCCGUGCACUCCCUCUCUCCUGGUCGGCCUGGUUCGGCUUGGCGCGCCCUGUAAUUAGGAGCUCCAGUUGGGCUGGGCGACGCCACCGUGGACAGCGUCGAGGCGCUUUGGGAACUCAUCCACACUGUGCCGUACUCGGUACAACUCCAGAGCGCAGCAACAUGAAUGGCCAAGCGUCACCUGUGUACGAGGAGAAGAAGCCCUCACUACCUGAGCUCGGAAGCUCCAUCUCGGGCUCUGCAAAAGAAUCCUCUUCGGCACAAGAGUCCUCAUCGGCGGAUUUCUACAGCAGCCAGAGCGCUCAGGAUUUCUACUCCAGCGCGCAACAGGCAUACACAGCCCAGCACAUGAACCCAUACGCGUACCACCACUACAACCUGAACGGCAUGGCUGCAGGUACCGGGUACCCCGUGGGCAAGACAGAGUACCCGUACCCCCACACAGCUUACAGGGAGCACAGUGCGUUCAGCAGAGACAUACAGGAGAGCGUGAAAGAGGAGCCGGAUAUGGAGGUGCGGAUGGUGAAUGGGAAGCCCAAGAAGGUGAGGAAGCCACGGACCAUCUACUCCAGUUACCAGCUGGCCGUGCUCCAGAGGCGCUUCCAGACCGCACAGUACCUGGCUCUACCGGAGCGAGCGGAGCUGGCCGCACAGCUGGGGCUCACACAGACACAGGUGAAAAUUUGGUUCCAGAAUCGCCGCUCUAAGUUUAAGAAGCUCUACAAGAAUGGCGAGUUCCCCCUGGGAGACAUGCCUCUGGAACACAGCCCCGAAGCCAGUGACUCCAUGGCCUGCAACUCGCCUCCCUCUCCUGCAGUGUGGGACAACAACAGCAACAACAACAACAACAACAGCAAUACAAUCAGCAGUAGCAACAGCAGCACAAACAGCGGGGGCGGAGCUAAGAAUAACAGCGUGUUGGAUCCCACCAGCAGGGGGCAGCCUCCCUUUCAGCCGCCGUUGGAGUCUCCAGCUCCGUACAUGGGCGAGUACAGCCAUCCGAACUGGUACCAGCAGGCGGGGGUGCAGAUAGGCAUGGGUCAGCCAGGAACGAUGCACCUCAGCCCGGCGUCCUCAGCGGCGACGUCGGCCUCUCAGAGCGUGGUGGGUGCUGUUUACUGACUUGAGAUGGAGGAGGCAACCAAAGGCAUUAAAAACUGAUAAAGGAUUCUAUUUUUUGUUUUAUAUUUAAUAUUUUAAAACAGCAUAUUUAUAUAGUUUGCCUUUUUCUACUACUGAGAUUUUGUAGAUGGACUCACUCACUCUAAGCCCGCGAUAAAAAGCAAAGGGCAAUGAAAGACUGAAAAUUACUGUACCAAAGAUAACUGUGCCUUCCAAUCAUAGACUGUAUAAAGUGCACACAAACACCAGGAUCACGUAGAGCGGGUUAAUACAAACAUUUUAAGACCAAAAUGACAAGGCUCACUGCAGCAGUUACAGAGACAGGAGUGUCAAUGUAAAGUCAACUGGAGCCAGAGUCAGUGGAGCCGGAAGCGCCCCCACAAUCACUUCCUAUUUGGAAUGCAGCGGCUUGUAGGUUGUGAUUUAUAUAUUAUACAGUUUAUGCUUCCAAUACACCUUAGCAUACAAGUACAGCUAUUGUUUACUGUAGCAUAAGACAAGUAGGCUACUUGUUCUGUCUCUUUCUCACACCGGGGCAUUUGUAUGUGAAUAUAUUUCCCUGUAUUUAUUUAAACUUUUAAGGGUGCUCAAACACAACUGUAAUUUAUAUUAGAGGGGGCAUGUGAGGCUUUUGCCCCUGGGCCCUUAAAUUUCAUUGGACGGGCCUGAGUGCAAAUAUUAUGUUAGUUACAUAAUUUCCAAAUGAACACACUUUUUCCUCUUUUAACAGCUUCACAGAAACACGUUUAACCUGUUCAACAAACUAGUUUAAUAGCAGUAGCUUUGUGAGAGAGCGAAGAUGCUUCUUGGGGUUAAGCCAGGCCAUGUCACGAUUAAAUACAUUUAUUGACUUCUGAAUUGGUUCUACUUAAAUGUAAUAUCAGUUCGCAAAACAGGAUCCAACGUGCCUCUGCUUUAUAGAAAAAUACUCUUCUGGAAUCAAAAGACCAUGUGACAUGUGGAUUUUCAACUCUAAAUAUUGAUUAAAAACAUUAUUUAAAACAUGUUUAUGUUUGACUGAUAUUUGGCUGUCGUGUCCAGAUUUCCAGAUUGCUCCAUGCAUUUGUUUCAUUUGGGAGUUGAGAUUGUUGUUGAGCACAAGUUUAAUUAACAACAAGUGUUUUUGAUUUUAAAGUUAAAUUGCCACUUUAUUUUGUCAAAACUGGGGUAGCUAAGUUUCAAUUUGCGAAAGGAGGAAGUAUCGAAAUCUACUUGUUCCCAGCUCGCGCAAGCUCUUUGGCACAUCGCUAGUAUUCACAUGCAUAUAUUUUCUGGUGCGUGCACAGCUUUAGAGCAGCUUUUAAAUGGCGAGAGGAAGCAGGAGUGGACCGCCAGUGCACAGUCAAUCAGUUCUCUCUUGUGUUAUAUUGUUUUUUUAUGGCAGUAAAAUGGCUUCAACAACCUGUAUGGAUAUAUGCAAAAGGAAAAGCCAAAAAGACAUCACACAACUCAAAAAAUGUAGUGGGCACCAUGUUAAACUACAGAGAAACAAGCAGUUUUUCCAGCUUGUUUGGCCUCUACAAGUACAAUGAAAUAUCACAUUGAUACUGUAACAUCGCAUUAAAACCAGGUUUAACAUUUGCAAUAGUUGAGAACCACUGCGAUAACUUGUAUUGUGUGAAGUAGAAAAUUGUACAUAUUGUAUUGUAUUAGCAAAAGUGUACUCAGGUCUUC